AUGACCAUGUUCACCAGAUCAACACCGCGACUCUUGUCCUUGUCCCGUCAACUCUUCCGUUUGCGCGGCCCAUCGCCAAUCCCCAAGCGCUUCCUUGGGAUACCGUCCGCUUUUCUGUUAGAUGAGUACAUCCCACGAUACCAGCUCCUGACCUCGGUUGAUGCAGCCAAGAAGCGAUCGCUGGCUUAUGCGCAUUUACGCGAGUGCAACCUGUGCCCGCGCCAGUGCGGGGUCAAUCGCUAUGAGACGACGGGCAUGUGUCUGAUUGGGGCCGAGUCGGCCAAGGUCAAUGUGAUUGCGCCACAUCGCGGCGAGGAGCCGUGUAUCCAGGGAUACCAUGGAAGUGGGUCGGUGUUUUUCUCGGGGUGCAGUCUCCGAUGUGUCUUUUGCCAGAACCAUGAUAUCGCCCACCAGCGCAACGGAUUCGACCUUACCCCCGAAGAACUCGCUGAGUGGUAUGUCAAGCUGCAGCAGAUCGGCAAAGUUCACAAUAUCAACCUCGUCACGCCGGAGCAUGUCGUGCCGCAGGUGGCACUCUCUAUCUUGACGGCGCGCGAUAUGGGUCUCCGCCUCCCGAUCCUGUAUAAUACCUCGUCGUUUGACUCGCUAGACUCGCUCCGGCUGCUUGACGGGCUGGUCGAUAUCUAUCUGCCAGACUUCAAGGUAUGGCGAAGCAGUACAUCCAAGCGUCUCCUGAAGGCAGACGACUACACCUCUACGGCGAUGGAGAGCAUCAAGGAGAUGCACCGUCAAGUCGGGGACCUCUCGUUCACCUCGGAUGGUAUCGCCAAGAAGGGGGUUCUGCUGCGGCAUCUGGUCAUGCCGGGGAAGGAAGACGAGGGUCGAGAGAUUAUGCGCUGGCUUGCGGAAAAUGUGUCGCGCGAUCUCUACGUGCAUAUCAUGGAGCAGUACCACCCCGAUGCGCAUGUGGGGAAGAAGCGGAGGGUCACACGCAAAGUGCGCUUCGGAGAGAGUGAUAGCACUUCGCCCCCGGAAGAGGUCCGCUAUGCCGAAAUCAACCGCGCUGUGCGGGAUGAAGAACUCGGCUCGGUGCGAGAUGCUGCGGCUACGGCUGGGCUGUGGCGGUUCUGCGAGGUCAACGAGCAGAGCGCCUUCCACCUAUGA